AAUGUUAUCAAUCUUAUUCCCACAUCUGUGAUGAAUGUAAUACCAUAUUUGAAUUUUUUGCUGAAUUAAAAGAUAAUUCUGAAAAUGAUGUGCAUGAGGAAUUAGCCGAAUUGCAAGAUCAACUAUGUUAUUACAUGGCUCACCAGACAUGCAAAGUCUAUCUGAAUAGACAAUUUAAUGCAAACUUGCUAGAUUUGAAUGAGAAUAAAGCUCUAAUUUUCGUAGAUUACAAGAUGAAAAUAUUACCUAAAUCAGCUCGAGAAACAAAUAGUUCAACAAAGUUAAAAGUUCAGGCAUUUGAUCACUGGUCCGCAGAUAUGCAACAGGAUUCGUGGUUUACUGCUUCAUCUCUUCAUGCAGUAAUGGAGGUGUUAAAAAACAAAUAUGGAAUUCAAGUAGAAAAAUGGGUAUUUUUGAAGGCUGGAGAGGCUAAAACCAUGAUUGAUUCACACUAUGCUCAGAUAUCUCAUGCUAUCAAUCGCUAUGUACGUUUGGGAUUUGAUAUUUCUGAAGAGCAGAAUAUAGAAAAUGCUAUUCAAAAUAUUCAUAGUACUUCUGUAACAAAUUUAAAACCGAAUCAAAAUAGAAGAAAGUUUGCUGGAUGUAUUUUGGCAUGUGCUAUUCCUAAUAUCAGAAAUUGGAAGAUAUUUUCACCUGCAGACUUAGAGAAAUUAUGCAAAAAGGACAUUCAUAAACCCAACUCAGAGAUUUUUACUCAUACUACGCAUUACUUUAAUUCGACACGUCUUAAUAAACGAAAUUUGAUAAAAGAACUAAGCUUGAGAGGAAUAGAAGUAAAUAAAAAAGAAAACAGAAGUUGUGAUAUAAACUCUAGUGUUUUAGUAGAAAAAAACAAUAUGAGUAAUGAUAGGAUGGGCAUUAAAAGAGAAGCAAAAAUAUGGAAAAAAGAGAGUUGGAAAAAGAAUUGCAAAAAAAAUAUGUAUAAAGCUCUUCAGCAAAGAGUACUUGAGAGUAAAAUUAAGGCCGAAGCUAUUCCAAAAGUAUCUACUAUUCAAAACUGA